AACCAACUGGUAUUCUAAAAUAAGUCCUGGAAAUAAAGCAAAUGCAGCCUCCUGUGAGGACUUUCAGAAAUGAGAAUAGACAUCGGUCUGGGCCUCUGGGUGCCGCUGUCGGCCAAUCCGUGGGUGGAGUGAAGCACAGUAAUCCACUGGCUGCUGACGCAGCGAUUCCCGAUUCCCGCAGGCUUUGGAGAAAGACGUUCGGAGAGGACUCUGCGUGCCAUCUUCCACGCAAUGUUUAAAAUGAAUGUGUAAUGAUCCAAAGUGAGGCGCUGCCUUUUCUUUCCAGCACAGCUUUGUAAUCUGGGAUCAACCGUAGGAGGCGUAUUCGGAUCGGAGAAGCAACGUCGAGAAGCGAUAGGAAGAAGCUCCCCGCAGGGAACGUGCGCAGAGUGCAGAAGCACUGUUUGCCUUCUUGCUGUCUUUGUUCAGCCUAGUGACGCAGCAGAUCCACUUGGAGACCCGGAAGCAAUGGCCAAAGUUUUAAAAAUGGGGAAUCUCGUCAAAGAUCUGCAUCUCAGUGACCAGAACCAUGGGAUGACACUCUACAAACUGAACCACACUGGUCAGGGUGAGAAGUAAAAGAUACUGUGGAGAGUGAUAAACACACAGCCAAACAAUUAACCUCUAAAAAUUACUGUGUAAUUUUUUGUAAGCUACUGGCAGAAGAAAUUGUAAACCGAGAGCAGACUCCGAAGUACAAUGUCACCAUCAGAGUCAUGGAUGAGAACAGGCUAUCCUUCUGCUCCAGCAACAUACCACUCUGCAUAUAACCUACCUCAACCAAACCUCUCUGGUUUUCCAACAGGCUUCCUAUAUAGUUCAGGAGACUGGGAACAACUAUCCAGAACCUCCAUCACACACAUUAGUGUUUCCAGUCCAUAUUGAGGGUCCUGAACAUCUCCUUUUUCUUCCUUAUGGGUCAUCCAUCUGCAGUGCUGCUAGCACUGUUGUCUGACACGUGGGUGAGCACAGAGCACAAUGGUGUUCACUGCAGCCUACCUUUGAGUUGACUCUCUGAGCUCAUGACCAGGGUUCGAAUGGGCUCAGUGUCAUCCUGAGAAUAUCUGUACUGGUGAACCAUCAUGGUGAAAAUGCACAGAGAACACUAUGCCAGGAGCUUCAGCUGGAAGUCACAGCCCUCUUCAAUGCAAUACCAUUCACUGUGGGGCCGGGCUACCUGAUCACCAAGGUGGACACUGACUUGGGUGCAGUGCUUGGCUGUCUUAUUCCAUGUUUCAGACCACCAACUCUAACUCUUCAACCUAGGGAUGCACAAGAGGGGGGUGUGCACUGUGAGUCUAUGGGUGCAGAAUUCUGCUCUUCAGGUCGCUGUGGGCAAUGGCAACAGACAUCAUGCUGCACCUGGUCCUUACCUACAGUUUGCAGGAGUUGCUGCCAGACCUCAACAACAGCUGGGCACCUGCCUUCAGGCAGGCAGAGCUACAGUUUUACCUGGCUUUGGCUUGAUCUCAGUGUCCUCACUCCUCCAGUGACUGGUCAUCAUCCUGUACCUACAGUGCUCCUUGAGCCCUGCUUUUGUCCUGGUUCUGAUCCAAGCUUGAAUUUGGAGUUGGUCCCACUUCAGCAAGAGAGAUUUGUCCUAUUCCUGUAAUCUGCAUGUGGCUUUGGAUAUUGCAAAACCUUAAUUUGAAGUUAACUCAAGAAACAUGCAUCAACUGUAUAUUUUCUGUACUGCCAACAUUGAAGUCUUAAAUAUUACAUUGGAUUCAAAUAUAUACAUGUGAGUUUUAAUGCUUUUAUUUCAUAAAUAUCCUGUUAUAAAUAAAUUUUGUUGGUUUUUUUUCUCUUUUUGGUGGGGAAAGAGCUCUACAAGUUUACUUGCUAGUUUUUAUGUCUAUUUUGAUUUGUCUCAUUAACUUGGACAAUUCAUUUGGGGAAAUAUUUGUGCCUAUAAAGGUAUGUUCUCAAAAAUUCUGUUUCCUACUAAAGAGUUCUUCCCUUUCAACAUUGAAGAAGAUUCACUGCAUCUUUAAGUUUCUGCCCUUGAGUUCCAUAUACUUGCCUUUGAGAAGCUGAGAAACUAUAGAUUUUGUUAUACAGGACAGAAAUUCUCCUUCCAAGAAUUAUUAUUGUGGCUUUUAAUUGUUUCCUUUGUUUCCACAUUUUCCAAACUCUCCUCAGUCAUGGUGUCCAAGGGUGGGCUGCCAACAUGUGGCCCAACAACAUUCUUUCCUAACUUUUAGUUAAAGAUAAAUAAAUCGCUCUAAGCCUGAGAUAUUUUACUUAGUGAUCUUUUACUAAUUUUGCAAUAAGUAAAAGAAGGAAGACAAUCUACUCUAAAAUUCCUGCUAUUUAAGGAAACCAGCUUCUCUUGGAGAAAGUGAGUGUGUUUAUAGGGGAAUAUAUAUUAUACUAAUAGCUUGUAUAAAAAUAAAGAUGUGGCCUUCUUUUCAGUUUUGAAGAAUAUUACUACCUUUUGUGUUUCUUAAAUUUGAAGUUUACAUUAGACAUUUGUGUGACAUUUUCCAGUGAAAUUCCAAGAGCCCAGUGUUGUUUUAUCCAAAAUAUAUUACCUUUGAGUGAACUAAAGGUCUUUUAAAAACUGAUAUCCACAUAAUAAACAGAUACUUCAGAAAAGGAUGAAAAAAUGAGGAUGUAGUAAAACAUAUUCUCCAAAAAUGCCAAGGUUUCUGAUACAUAUUCAAAGCACAGUGGAGAGUAAAUGGGAUAGUCCAAUCUUUUUUAAAGCCUGACUUACGUUCAGAAGUUUAUUUUUCCUUUGAUUUUUCUCAUCCCCACAGGCAGUUGCUAUUCUCUGUUGCCUGAGAAAUUAUCAAGUGGUCAACAUAUACAACAGAGUGGAGGCAUGAUUUUUGUCCCCUUGGUGAUUGAUAUUCCCUGAGUAGAAAACAGUGAUAGCAGGUUUCUACUCCAUAUUGAAAUUUAGCAACAUUUAGACAUGAUUAAUUAAAUGAACAUAGUAGUUUUUCCUUUUCAUACGUAUAUUGUACAAUGCUUAAUUAUUUGCUUUACGAAUAAACUAAGAAUUAAGGAAAUAUAGAUCAGGCUAAUGAGAAGAUAGUUCGUUAUAUGAGAGUGUAGUAACUGGUUGUGACUCUAGGCGCCGCUGUUCACCAGUCUAGAAGAUAACAGGCUUCACGGGCGCGCUACAAACUCCUCCCCGCCAUCCCCCCAAAAUAAAAGCCUCUUAGAACCUCACCGCCAGAUUGAAAACAGUCUCCCUGAGGCUGCCCAGACCUGGACCACUUUCCGAUCUGCAUUCUCCUGAAAAUUCAGUUAAUUUAGGCUCAGAAGAGCAGACAAACAAUACCCUUGGUACCGGACUGGGAGAAAACUGUGAAGCGAGAAAGCAAUGGCUAUUUGGGUGAAGCUGUCCUGCUAUAGCAGGCAGGUCCUGCUGUUCCUUUUUCUAGAGCUGUUGUUGGAAGUUCAGGCCGGGAAGAUCCGCUACUCCGUGCCAGAAGAGACAGACGAAGGUUUCUUCGUGGGCAACAUCGCCAAAGACCUGGGGCUACAACCCCAAGAGCUGGCAGAGCGAGGAGUCCGCAUCGUCUCCAGAGGUAGGACGCAGCUUUUUGCUCUGAAUACGCAAAGUAGCGGCAGCUUGGUCACAGUGGGUAGGAUAGACCGGGAGGAGCUCUGCGCUCAGAGCGAGCGGUGUCUGGUGAAUUUUAACAUCUUGGUAGAGGAUAAAAUGAAGCUUUUCCCUGUUGAAGUGGAAAUAAUUGAUGUUAAUGAUAACACUCCCCAAUUCCAGUUAGAAGAAGUGGAAUUUAAAAUGAAUGAGCUAACCCCUCCAGGUACCAGGAUCCCUCUGCCUUUUGGGCAAGACCUUGAUGUGGGAAUUAAUUCACUCCAGAACUACCAGCUCAGCUCCAACUCUCAUUUCUCCCUGGACGUGCAACAGGGAGCUGAUGGAUCCCAACACCCGGGGAUGGUGCUGCAGAGUCCACUGGAUAGGGAAGAAGAAGCUGUCCACCAUCUCCUCCUCACUGCUUCUGAUGGGGGCAACCCAGUCCAUUCAGGAACCCUUCGCAUUCAUGUACAGGUAGUGGAUGCAAAUGACAAUCCUCCAGCAUUUACUCAAGAACAGUACCACAUAAGUGUCCCGGAGAACGUGCCACUGGGCACUCAGCUGCUCAUAGUAAAAGCCACUGACCCAGAUGAAGGAGCCAAUGGGGAAGUAACAUACUCCUUUCAUAAUAUAGACCAAAAAGUAGGCCAAAUAUUUCAGUUGGAUUCUUACACAGGAGAAAUAACAAAUAAAGAACCCUUGGAUUUUGAGGAAUACAAAGUUUAUCCAAUGGAAAUUCAGGCUCAGGAUGGUGCAGGCCUUAUGUCUCGAGCUAAGGUGCUGAUCAAAGUUCUAGACAUAAAUGAUAAUGCCCCAGAAGUGACCAUCACCUCUGUCACUACUGCAGUCCCAGAAAACUUUCCUCCUGCAACCAUCAUUGCUCUUAUCAGUGUGCAUGACCAGGACUCCGGAGACAAUGGUCACACUACAUGUUCCAUUCCUGGAGAUUUACCCUUUAAAUUAGAAAAGUUGGUUGAUAAUUAUUACCGUUUAGUGACAGAAAGAGCACUGGACAGAGAACUUACCUCCAGGUACAACAUCACAGUAAUGGCAGCAGAUCAGGGAACUCCGACUUUAUCUACUGAAAUGUACAUUUCAUUGCAAGUGACAGAUAUCAACGACAACCCCCCUGCCUUUACCCAGGACUCCUACUCCACCUACAUACUGGAAAACAACCCCAGAGGAGCCUCCAUCUUCUCUGUGACAGCCCAUGACCCUGACAGCGAUGAGAAUGCACGAGUCACUUACUCCUUGGUUGAAGACACCAUCCAGGGGGCACCUCUGUCCUCCUACAUUUCCAUCAAUUCAGAUACCGGCAUCUUGUAUGCACUCAGAUCUUUUGACUAUGAGCAGUUUCAGGACCUGCAACUGAGAGUGACUGCACAUGACAGCGGGGACCCACCACUCAGCAGUAAUGUGUCACUGAGCAUAUUCCUGCUGGACCAGAAUGACAAUGCACCAGAGAUCCUGUACCCCAUGCUCCCCACUGACGGUUCCACUGGUGUGGAGCUGGCACCUCGCUCUGCAGAACCUGGCUACCUGGUCACUAAGGUGGUGGCAGUGGACAGAGAUUCAGGCCAGAAUGCCUGGCUGUCCUACCGCCUGCUCAAGGCCAGUGAACCAGGGCUCUUUGUGGUGCGGCUGCACACAGGUGAGGUGCGCACUGCACGUGCCCUGCUGGACAGAGAUGCACUCAAGCAGAGCCUGGUGGUGGCUGUUCAGGACCACGGCCAGCCCCCUCUCUCAGCCACUGUCACGCUCACGGUGGCUGUGGCUGACAGCAUCCCAGACGUUCUAGAAGAGCUGGGCAAUCUGGAGCCCUCCACCAAUCCUGAUGACUCCAGUCUCACACUGUACCUGGUGGUGGCAGUGACCACAGUCUCCUGUGUCUUCCUCGCCUUUGUCAUUGUGCUGCUGGCACUCAGGCUGAGGCGCUGGCAUAAGUCACAUCUGCUCCAGGCUUCAGGAAGGGGAGUUGCGGGCGUACCCGCCUCACACUUUGUGGGUGUGGAAGGGGUGCGGGCUUUCCUGCAGACCUAUUCCCAUGAGGUCUCCCUCACUGCGGACUCUCGGAAGAGUCACCUGAUCUUCCCACAGCCCAACUAUGCCGACACGCUCAUCAGCCAGGAGAGCUGUGAGAAAAAUGAUCUUCUAUCAGCACCUCAGUCUUUACUUGAAGGCAAAAAGGAAAUGUUUUCUCAGGUAAACUUUUUAUGGUAAAUUUACCUAGUUAAAAAUAAUCCCUGAAUUUACUUACUUGCUUUCUUUCACUCUUUACUACUAACACUUCUAUUUCCCAUUUAUCUUUGUAGAUUCCUAUUUACAAAUCCUGGGAAAUCCUUAUUAAGUAUUUAUAUUGAGUAUAUUAAUAAUUGUUCUUUUAUUGAAGAGGCGAGACUGUAGGAGGUUGGGAUGGAGAGUGUGUGUAAGGUGCCACCUCAGUGGUGAAAAGAGCACUUGCUGCCUCAGAAACAAGAUCUGGCUUCCAACAUUGUUUUGCUUGCCUCUGGCUGAAGAGUUUUAUAUUUGGGAAGUUUAUCUGGCAAGGAUAGGGAUUGACUAGAAAAGACCCACUGAUAUUUAUGUUACUAAUAGUGUUUUAAAGUUUCUUUUCAGUUACAUACACCUCCUAAUUUAUCCUUAAAUGUAAUGUAGAUGUCAUCUAUCAGGUGUCAGGGUGCUAUUUUAUCUGAGGACAUUUAAAGAGGUAAAGAUUGUCUAAUAUAAUAUUUUAGUUGUGUUAGUAUAAAAUUAUAAAAAUUUGUGUAAGUUGCAAUUUUAAGUGUUGAACAUCUUAGUCCUUUGUUUAAUCUUUUAUUUUGAGAUAUUUUAUGCAGGCUGAAGAAUACAUCAUAUGUUUGUUACUUAUAAAAUAAUGAAAUGAAUGAUAGAAAAUUGACCAUACAAUUUGAGACUUAAUAUUGAAGCCUCCUGACUUGUAACAUUGUUCUUCUAAUGGGAGCAACUAACAGAAAUCAAGUAUAUAUCCCAUUUUAAUGUGUGUGUUAACUCUUCACAAGAAAUGCAUCAUAGGAGAGUAAGUCCAUGACUCAAUUUACUUACUCUGCUCCAAUAAAUUACAGAGUUAUAUAAAAUAUAAAAAGAGGGAAGCAAAAGCAUAGUAAGGCACAAAUAAAAGAUAAAUAUCUAAAUGGAUGAAAGUAAAAAAGAAAGUGGUGAGCUAGGCUAAAGCUGUGGGAGUCCUAGUCUUGGACUUAGAUGAAGGCAGUGAAGGUCGGGAGAUUGUUCCAGCAGUGUAAUAGAUACAAAAGUGCUUCAGGCUAAACAAGGGACCUGAGCCAGGCUUGCUACUUAAAUGCAAAAUAAGCAGUUAGGUCCCUCAGCUAGUUAAUAAGGAGAAAUCACAUAAAAAUGGUGCCUACCAAUUCCCAAUGUCAUAACUUGUUGCAAGCCUAAGAUCAAGGGAGAGUGGUGGGCACAGAUGGUGGGUUUCAGGAAGUAAACUCUGAAAAUAUCUGUUGUGAGCUGUGAUGUUCAAAUCAUGGAACCCAGGAGUGAGUAAGAAAGGAAGAGAAAGGUGGGGGGCUCUUCCACUUAAAAUAAAUGUACAAACCAAAAUGUUGAAACACAUUGUUUUCUGGAAUUUACUGUUGCUAAUGAGAAAUUUUCUGUCAACAAAUUGUCACUAAGUUUUAGGUAAUGUCUGUUUUCUCUCUGGUGGCUUUUAAAUCUUUCUCUCAUUCCUGCACAAUGUCUAAGUGUGGAGUUUUAGCUUUCUUUUGUUUGGUACCAAGAACACACUCUCAAU